GCGCCUGACUCCUGCUUGUGGGAAUUGACGGAAAAGGAGGAGCAGCCAUUGGCAAGCUACGGAAAGAACGUUGAGAAUUUAGCAAACAGGAAGGACAAUGGUCCGCAGAAAAUAUGUAUUUUAAAGAAACUAUAAACAUUUUGAUUGUUCUUCAAGUAAUCUCUAAAGUGGGACUGUCGCAAUUGCCAUCGCCCCAAUAUGUCCGAGUUGCGUCGGAGAACCUGCGCAAUGUGCUCCUCUGGAGCUCCGUGCCAGAGAAUUCAGCUGUGGAGUAUGCAGUGCAGUAUUGCUUCGAUGCUUUGCUCGGCUGGAAGAAUGUUUCGUCAUGCACGCCGACCAAUGUCACGCACUGUGACAUCACCUCUGUCGCCGGACCCCCCGUACGGUUAACUCUGAGGGUCCGAGCAGAGAGUGCGAACCAGACCUCCGCUUGGAGCACGUCCAAACCAUUCUGCGCCACAGAAGAGACUCGCUUGGGGCCCCCGGGGGUCACACUGUUUCCCAUUUCCAGCGGCUUGCUGGUGCAGAUCACAGACCCGUCUCCCCAGCUCAGGGCCGAAUUUGAGGACGAACUCCAAUACGUGGUGGUCUUCUGGGAGCAAGCUGCCGGCCGGAAGGAGAGUCGCAAGGGGUUGAGCUCCAGUGUGCGACUGGAAUCCCUGAAGGCUGGAGGAAACUACUGUGUGCAAGUGCAGUAUGCCUUAAUUCGAAGAAAGGGCAAUCUGAGUGUGCCCGUUUGUAUGGCUGUUCCAGAGUCCGAGGACAGUUAUAGUAGGACCAUGUGGAUCGUGGUGGUGGUGAUGGUCCUUCUGGCAGUGCUGAUAUGUGCGUGCCUGAUUGGCAUCUACAAAAACUACAACAUUCUGAAGAAGGCCCUGCAGCCUACCAUAGGGCUGCCUGACCACAUUCUCAGGUUCUUCGAGGGAGAGGAAUUUGGUCAGCAGCUCCAGACGAACGCCAGCAGUCCUGAUUCGGAGGAAUCGAUGGUCUGUGUCAUUGAAGAUGACAUGGGUGAAGAGGAGUCCUCUCAUCCUAUUUAUGACUCAUCGUCUUUGAAGAGCGCGGCCGUGAACCACUUCCCAGCCUGCACUUCCCGUGACCUUGCAAACAGCCCAUCAGCCCCUCGUGACCAGCGCUUCUGAGGUGGACGCGGCUGACUGGGCGCCGGCUGUAGGAUUGCAUGCGCCCUCAGAGGUCAGACUGGGGCCGUGAUCACAUGACCCAGCGUAACACGCUUUAGCCACGUCACGCAUUUAAAAUGAAAUGUGGGCAACCGCUUCAGAUGGCGCCUAAAACCAUGAACGGGCAGUGGCAGGAGCCAUCUCUGGAGAAAGAGGCCAAAUUAACCUGAAAACAGAGCGCAUGCCCACGCCCUCGUGCCACUCUAGAGACAUGUACCUGUGCCACAACCCCACAGCCUGGCUAGCUUGUGUAUUUCAAAAUCCCAUUUGUGUGGGUGCAGGUUAAGGGGAAAAUGUGCAGGACUGAUUUCCUACCGAUUUAGGGUGCUUCCUGCAAGCUGAAAGGUGAAAAGAUUGGCCCACCGGGGCCUGGCGGAUGAGUAGCCUGCAGCGAGCAGAGCAGGGACACUCGCUGCUCAUCUCCAUUGUGGCCUGCUACCAGCUGUUCUCUGUGGACUCUCUCUGACUCCUGGUUUUUUUAACACUAUGGUUAGAUGGUCUGUUCUUCUUUUGCUGUUUUUUUUCCAUGAUCCUGAGCAUUUCUACCCAGUUUAAGCACUUUUUUGCAGAUGUGUUGAAAUGUCAGAGUUUCUAAUGGUUCCGUUGUAUUUUGUAGACCUUAUGAAAGUACUCUAACUGUAUUCUUUCUGCCUCGAGCCAGGCUUGAGUAUCCUUUUGAGACCUGGGUUUAGGGGCACCCCUACAUUUCUUCUGUGACUCUGAACUACAGCAUUAGAAACACUAAUGGACGGAGUGUAGCACAGUGGGUAAGGAACUGGGCUUGUAACCGAAAGGUCGCAGGUUCGAUUCCCGGGUAGGACACUGCCGUUGUACCCUUGAGCAAGGUACUUAACCGAAAUUGCUUCAGUAUAUAUCCAGCUGUAUAAAUGGAUACAAUGUAAAAAUGAUAUGUAAAAGUUGUGUAAGUCGCUCUGGAUAAGAGCGUCUGCUAAAUGCCUGUAAUGUAAUACACUAGAUUUAUUGUAAGGUGUGAAGUAUGUGGAUGAGUAUGUCUAUUAGUGAUUUUUAUGAUGUUAUGAUGAAAGACCUUGUGAUUAUGCUGAAAACCGAUUUCCCCACGGGGACAAGUAAAAGUAUCAAUCUAUCUAUCUAGCAUUGGUGAGGCACUACCCAUCAUAUAAUUCCCCAGGGUAUGGAGGAGAGUUUGAGCAGCUCUAAAAAUUAAGCUUUUAAUAUAACAGAGACCGCUAUGGAAUGUGGGAAAAACAACAAUAAUACUUGUAAUAAAAAUACAUUGCUAUAAUGUAGCAGGUUCUCUUGCCUAGAAAGACUUACUGUCAGUAAAGGAGGAAUUAUAAUUGUACAUUAUAAUUUUCAAAUAUGACUACUUUAAAACAAUUCCAGGGGAUAAGAGGCUAUGCACCAUACAUAUUCAUAAGGCUGUUGUCAAUGUGUUCUGUCAAGUUUUUUGUGUUUGUUUUUAAAGAAACAUUUGUUUUGUCCUGUUCAAUUGUGUCUUACAGCACCGUGUGUGAACAGAUGCAUUUCAGCUUUUUUCAGACUCUUCUGGAAAUUGUGAAAUAAAGACUACACUUCAUGGAAA